AUGCGCCCCAUUUCCAAGGACGACAUAAUCAUUGCCGUUAUGGGCCCGACUGGAGCAGGGAAAAGUUCAUUCAUCAAUACAGCCACCAAUUCCUCAGAGGCCACGGUAGGCCACAAUCUAGAGUCAUGCACGCAGGAAGUGCGUGCUAUCAGCUGUCCUCAUCCCAAGUCCGGUCGCAACGUGGUUCUUGUUGAUACACCCGGCUUUGACGAUACGGUUCGAACCGACACUGAUAUCCUGUCAGCAAUUGCUGACUGGCUUUCAACUACCUAUAGGGACAAAAUAACGUUGUCCGGGAUCCUCUAUCUUCAUCGCAUAUCUGAUAACAGGAUGGCGGGUACGCCGAUCAAGAAUUUGAACAUGUUUAAGCAACUUUGUGGCCAGGAUGCCCUGGAUAACGUCAUCCUCAUGACGACCAUGUGGACCGAGGUUGCGGAGGGUGUUGGGGAGAGUCGAGAGUCAGAGCUUCGAAGGAACUACUGGAAGCCGAUGAUAGUCGGGGGUUCGAGCACCACUAGGUUCGAUGGCACCCAUCUGCGGGCUUGGGAGAUCAUUGACGCCCUUGGCACUGGACCCAAGCCUCUACUUAUCCAGACAGAAAUGGUCGACGAAGGGAAGACGCUGCCGGAGACAUCUGCCGGGGCCGUCCUCCUUCGAUGGCUCAGCGAGUUCAUCCGAGAAAUCCGAGAUCUUAUUCGUCGCAUCGACGCGCAACUACGUGGUAUUCCGAAAGAAGAUAUACAAUCCGUAAAUACUAAGCAGGAGGAGAAGAAUGCUUUGGUGUGCCAGCUUAACGAGGCAUCGACAAAGCAGGCCAAUCUCGAGAGUAAUAGACGUCGCGGGUUAAGGCGUCGCUUCUCUAUGGCCAUGCAUACGAUACGAAGUCCGUCUCCUGCCGGCCCUACUCCACGAUCUACAAUACUCGAUGCAAGGUUUUCGAACGCCCAAGAAGACGAAAGUAACGUGUGGCUUCCCGUAGUUUUAGCUGCCCUAAGGCAUGCCAGGGAUAUCGCAGAAAUCCCCCCAGUACCAUUCUUGAAGGGUGCCUGUCGCAUCGCAUUCACUAUCGCUGAAGCUGUAAAUUCUCUAAAGAACCACGGAAAUGCUUUCCAAGCCAUUUUACAGAAUUCAUCAGAGCUUCUGUCCACAAUCGUCAAGCAAGCUGCGGCAGGAGAGCUCCCAGGGGACGCAAAAGAUACCGUCGAGAAGCUUACUAGGCAGGAGAGGAUCCAGCCGAUAGUCCACAAGGCCCUCAUGCGUAGUUCAGUGCAGCGCUAUUUCUUAGAUGUCGCCGAAGAACAGUUACUCAAGGAGUGUGAGCAGCGUAUACUACAGGCGUAUAGAUUGUUCCAAGUACGAUCUAUGGUAAACCUCCAGCAAGCCGUUGCACGAAUUGAGGCACAGCUCGCCGUGGUUGCCUUCGAGCCUGCUUUCAAGGCCAUCUCUCCGGCGUCUCACAUUCACCGGUGCUGCUCGCCAGAACCAAUAUCAUCCGCGAACGAGUAA